CUUUUCUUCAAAUCAUGUUAAAAGUGAAUGCAUCGCAAUGGCUGCGAUUCCGUACGCAUUUCAAAAUCCCACGUUCUGUCGAAGUGACACCUAUGCGAUCGCUGACGCCCAAAUGCAUUGGUCGCAGCAUUGGUACGCAAACCGAGCAUAGUCCAAUGAAAUUCGAAGCACCUACGACUACGACAACACCAGCUUCGGUGACGGCCGCAUUCCAAGAUCUAUUGGGAGUGAGUGCACCCAAUGCUCCACCGGACGAUCUGAAAAACACUUUUUAUCAACGAGAAUUACCUACUUCACUUGUUCGAUUUGCUUCCCCCGAAGGCAAGAAAUUGUUUCGAGAGGCCAUGGACGAUGGUCAUGCGGAAGGGUUUUUCCCUCUGACGGGUAAUUUUACAACGCAAUCGGAACCUGCUUAUUGUGGACCUAGCUCAUUGGCCAUGGUGUUGAAUGCUUUAGAAGUAGAUCCCAAGAGAAGAUGGAAAGGCAAUUGGCGAUGGUUUUCGGACGAAUUUUUGCAGUGUUGUUCCACCAAAGAGGAUAUGAAAAAGAACGGUAUCACCUUUGACAAUUUCGCCUGUUUAGCCAAAUGUCAUUGCGAUGUACAAGUCAAGCGAGCGCACGAUUUUACGUUUGAAGAAUUCAAGAGGGAUGUGGAAACAGUGACAUCGACCUCGGAUAAAUUUAUGGUGAUCUCCUUCUCUCGUAAAGUGUUGGGACAAACGGGGGAUGGACAUUUCUCUCCCAUUGGAGCUUACAAUGCCCAAGACGGUAAAGUCUUGAUCUUGGAUACCGCACGCUACAAAUAUCCUAGUUACUGGUGUCCCAUCGAAACCUUGUAUGAAUCCAUGAACCCCAUUGACGUCGAAACAGGUCGCCCGCGUGGUUAUUUCAUCUUGAGCUACGACGCUGAACAUCCACCCAUGACAUUAUGUUCAGUCAAAGCAGAUAAGCAUUCCGACACACUCAGGGUAGCACCAAAGGAGACAGCUACUACUGAUACUGCUGAUGCUACAGCUGCUGCUGCUGCUGCUGCUGCUGCGACGGCUGCUGAGGCGAAAUUGAAUUGGUCCACACUGGCCAAGUCCUUCUGUCAACGUAUUCCCGAGAAUAUGUGGCUGGAGAAGCCUCGAACGUUAGAGCAUGUGGUACAAUUAGUGCUUCGCAACGUGCCAAAGGAAUACACAUCGAUCCUUGCCAACCAAUCACUGGCAUCGUUUAAUGCCGCCACACCGGAUAAAGCGGAGGAAUACAUCAAUGAAUUACUAUACGAUACAACGAAAUCGCCACUGUACCCUGUGGUGAUGGAUGCACUUUAUCCGGAUCGUGAAAACCAAUCUUAUACCCCCAUAGAUUAUAAUGCGGCGUUUGCUACGCUUUUCGUACUUGGAUCACCACGCAUGUUGUAUACGUCGCUGCCGAGAGAGAUUCAAGAUCAGCUGGAUGUUUAUCGAAAGCGGGACAAGAUGACGCCCAUGAUGAAACAGGAGGUGAAUCGUAUAUCAGAGGAAGUGACGGAUUUGACAACGACCUUUUGUACGUGUGGUCCGGGUUGGACCAUGACGGAUGCUGAUAAAGAUGGGGACAGUCUAUUAACGAAAAAGACGUGUUGUAAGUCACCAUCCUCAUCCAAAUAAAAGAAAAAAGGGGGUGGGAGGGAAGACGAAUUUUUAAUACAU